AUGAAAAUAUCAUUGAAGUCAAAUCAAAACGAUGGCUCUUCAAAAGUCCUGAAACCUGGGAAGUUUUCAUUGUCAAUGAACAAAAACAAACCGGGAAGCAAGUUUGGGUCGUCAUCCAAGGUAAGCAAGAUCUCCACCACCACCAAUGUUUUCAAUGGCGGGAAAAGAAACCAAGAUGAUGAGGAAAAUAAACCCAAAGUGUCGUCGAUAGAUAGUUAUGAUGAAGAGGCAUUAAAACGGGAAAAAGCGCUCGAAGAACAAGGGAAAGUGUUGGUGAUCAAACCCCCAACUUCGGUAUUCCAAAAGAUUCAAGAGGCGAAAAAAGUGGCACAGGAUGAUGAUAGUGAAAAUAACGAGGCAAUCAGCUAUGGCUUGAAUACGGUUUCUAAUGGGCCAACUAAAACCGAGCCAACACCAAGAUCACAGGGGACUAAAAUAACCCAUGAGAAUAAAGAGAGUUCCAAACCCGUAUCGAUAACCGUAGGAGAUAAUCCAACAGCAGAGAGUUAUAAGAAAGUGCCAGUUGAGGAAUUUGGAGCAGCAUUCUUAAGAGGUCUAGGUUGGAAAGGAGAAGUGACAAAUAAACGGGAGAAUGUAACUGAGAAGAUUACGAAAGCAGUUCAGAGGCAAGAAUUUUUAGGAAUCGGUGCCAAACCCAUCCCAGGGCCUUCAGCAGAAGCCAAAAAUGGUAAACGGAAGAGUGAGAUGAAAUAUAGUCCCGUAUUGAUUAGAGAUAAAGAAACAGGAAAAAUUAUAGAUGAGGAGGAACUUAGGAAGCAGGCAAAAUGA